CCCUGAAACCCCACAACUCUGGUGGUGGGGAAGAAGGAAAGAGAGAAGGAGAAGAAGAAGCAGCAGCACAACUCUGAUAGCAAACAAAAAGAAACCCCAAAAGAGAGAGGCCUCCUUCUCUCUCCUUCCGUCGGGAGAAUCCCUUUUCUGGUUUUCCAUUCUUCCUUCACUCUCACUUCUCCUUCCCUGAUCUCUGUAUAUUCCUUUCUAUGGCGUCUCAACUUGAAUCUACUCUAAACCCCUCCUUCAAUCUCCCUUCUUCUAUAAUUCCCUAACCCCCUCCCACUCCCCCCAGUUUCUCCUCUCCAAUUCAGCUCCGCCCUUUUUUUCCCCAACUGAAACCGGUUCCGUCAAUUUCCACUUUCCGGAGAUGGAGAAAAAGUCGCCCAGAAGCUUCGUCGACGGUGGAGUUGGGUUGGGAAUUGUGGCCGCGAUGACCGAUUCGAGCGAUCGUCGUCACCGCGCUCGGGAUUGGACCAAAUUCUCCCACCCGGCUGUUUCGCUGAGAUCCAGUCCCAUCCAGAUUGUGUCCCUAGCGCGGCCGGCGGCCGCCAAUUUCAAUUGCGAUGUGGGCUUGUCGCGGCAUCCGCUCGAAAAGGAGGACAGCGAUGAAGACGGCGGCUCUGACUCUGUGGUGGAUGAAAACGAUGAGGUCUACACUUGUGUGAUUUCUCAUGUUGGUAAUGACGUGGUCAAGAAGUUUGUUUACUACGGUGACAAGGUUUCUGGGCUUCGGGACGACGCUGUGACCGUCUUCGACGUGAAUCCUGUUGCUGCUGCUGCUGCUGCUGCUGGAAUGUUUUACGCGUCUUCUUCGCCUCUGAUGAUGACCGCUGGUUUUGGUGGCGCUGCUGAAGGGUGGAGGAACGACUUCUGUAACCAAGAUUUCCUGGCUUCUUGCUUUCUCUGCAAGAAGCUGCUCCAUGGGCUGGACAUUUUCAUGUACAGGGGAGAGAAGGCAUUUUGCAGCCCGGAAUGCCGGGAGAAGCAUAUCAGGGACGAAGAUUACCGAGAGAAGAAUCAUCGUUAUGGCGAAAUCAGGAAACGACCACACGAAUGCUCCUUGUCUCCCUGCUCUUCGCCUCAGGUCUAUCUUGCUGAGGUUGCUGCUGCAUGAAUAAUACCCCUUUUUCCCUCCUAUAUCUUGGUUCUGCACAAUAUAUACCAAGUAAAUAACAGGAGCAAAGUUACAAACUUACAAUCGGUCCACAGCGCGCACCCGGGGUAAAUAACUGUGCCUUGAGGAUGAUGUAUGGUAUAGCUCUGAGGGUGGAAUUUUGAGAGGGUGGGUUAACGCAGGCAGGUAGUGUUCAUCUGGGAAAUGGGUUUAACAGCAAGGAGAAUUCAUUUUCUGUGAUGGAAAGAUCUUUGUCUAGAGAGAAGCUUGGAGGGAGGGAAUUGAAUUUUGACUUUUUGUUACUAAUAUGUGCUCAAUGUUACUGUAUGAAUAUGAAGUAUGAAGCUACCACACAAUGAUGCAGCAACCAGCAAUGAAAAUCAUGUUUAUAUAUCCA